CUGCGGUGUAACUGUCGCCCUUGCACAAGCCCUUACACAAGUCCCUGAGCUGAGCCUAGCCUAAACCCGUCAAUUGGAACAGAUGCAGCAGUUCGAGGCACUCGCAAAGCCGUAAUCGCCGACAAUCACCCGCUGCUUUAUUAGCCGCCGUCAGUGGCUCUUCUCAGACAGACGCUCAAACUCGGACCCAAACUGGACCCCACUCAUGCAUCUCCAAAGGGUUUGGUUUAAGACGCUGGCGCCGCAUCCCGCGGGGUCUGACCUAGGUACUCACUUACCAAUCCGCAGAGGCCGAUGACGGGGACCAGUGCAUGUCGUCACAGGUGGACUGCCUGUUGCGAUCCCUCUUCUCCACUUUGCGCGGGCAAGCUCUUCCGCAGAACGGCAAGAACGAGCCGACGCGGGACUUGACCACUGGCGCAUUAUUAUUAAUAGGUGCCAUAGGUAGCUAUGGCACAAUAAAAGGUGCGACCUCCUCAUGAAUCGCGCAGCUCAUGAAUCGCGCAGCUCUGCACCCUAGCUCUUUGAACGCCCGAUUUCGUAAACUCACGCCUCUCGCCAGCCCGAGACGCACGCAUCCAAGCCUGAACAGAUUGAGCCAUUCAGCAUCCGCCAUGGCCGCACCGAUUGUUCCCACGGCGUACGAGCCCAAGGGUAUGAAGUUUCGCUACCUGGGAAACACGGGCCUGCAGGUGUCGCUCUUCUCGUACGGCGGCUGGCUCACAAUUGGCGGGACCCAGAAGGGCUCCAUCGUCAAGGAGCUCAUGCAGACGGCCUGGGACCAUGGCAUCCAAACCUUCGACUCGGCUGAGACGUACUCGAACGGCGCGUCCGAGGUCGAGAUGGGCCAGGCCCUCAAGGAGCUCGCUUGGCCACGCGACGAGUACGUGCUGACGACCAAGAUCUUCUUCGGCACUGGGCGCAAGGAGCCCAACACGCGCGGCCUGAGCCGCAAGCACAUCGUCGAAGGCCUCAAAUCGUCGCUGGCGCGGCUGCAGACGCCCUAUGUCGACAUCGUCUUCGCCCACCGCCCCGACCCGGCGACGCCCAUGCUCGAGAUCGUCGAGGCCUUCACCCAGGUCAUCCGCAACCUGAACCUGGCCUACUAUUGGGGUACCUCGGAGUGGAGCGCGGCCCAGAUCACCGAGGCCACGCUGCUGGCCGAGAAGCACCACCUGAUCGCGCCGUCGGCCGAGCAGCCGCAGUACAACGCCUUCCACCGCGAGCGCUUCGAGGUCGAGUACGAGCCGCUCUUCCGGCAGUGGGGCUACGGCACCACCAUCUGGUCCCCGCUGGCCAGCGGCCUGCUGACGGGCAAGUACAACGACGGCAUCCCCGAGGACUCGCGCUUCGCCACCAACAAGGCCUUCUUCGAGGGCACCAUCAAGCAGCUGCAGAGCGACGAGGGCCAGGCCAAGAUCGAGAAGGUGCGCAAGCUGACGGCCAUUGCCGAGCGCCUCGACGCCAAGGUCGCGCACCUGGCCCUGGCCUGGGCCGCUAAGAACCCCAACGUCAGCACCGUCAUCCUGGGGGCUACCAAGGUCGACCAAGUGCUCGACAACCUCAAGGCGCUGCCGCUGAUUGACAAGCUGACGCCCGAGAUCCUGGCCGAGAUUGAGGCCGUGCUGGACAACAAGCCCAAGGGGCCCAACGCCUGGGGGCGUGUUCGGUCGACCGACUAGGGCCGUGUUUGGUGUACGUGUAGAUAUAGGUGUUCUGGGCUGUUUCUGUAACGCCAAUUGGCCGAAUACUUGCAACAGUGCAAGCUAGACAGCGGCGCUCGCCGGACCAUAAAAAUCAGUGAUCAGAUGGCAGCUUAGCGUGAGAAAGCUGUAAGACGGUGUUAACUUAGAGUUCUGACCUGGCCUCUCCUGUAACGGCCAGGCCCAUUCUGGGUACUAAUCUAUGAAGAUGCAUUCCUGAA